CGGCUGAGUACCUGCGUGUCUGUUUGUCAUAGCUCCCAUCUCAUUACUAGCAUUACACACCCAUUCGUGUGUUCAAGUGUGAGCUUGAAUCUCUGCGCAUACGCAGCGUAGGCGGGCGGCCAUCCCGUCAGUUAGAGACUGGCCACCACGCCGCUCGCACGAAUCUGACGCCGCACAAGCGCUGAACGAACGACAAGAUGGCCACCGGCCCCAAGUUAGUGCACAAGCAGUUCAACUCGCCGAUCGGGCUUUACUCCCGGCAGAACAUCCAGGGUGUGCUGGAUAAGCAUCUACAGAACCUCGACCACACAGGCACUGUCGGAAUCGACUUUAAUAACCCUGCUACCGACAAACCCGCCAACUUAGCCAACUCGGCCGUAUUGCGCAUGCUUGAAGAAGAGGAGCGCAAUCGCAGGGGAUACCCUAAGCUAGAUCCCACUCAAGUGCAGGCGAUACUUGACACUCUGGUGCACGCCAACCACCGGUUUGAGAACUGCUGGCCUCCUGUCAGGGCGGGGAUGCGAUCAGCUCGCAGCUGGGACGGCCAGCUAAACACCACAGGAAACGUUUAUUCAGAAUUCAUGCGAGCGACAAAAGGCCAGAAGAAAGUGGUGUGGCCACCAGUGCCCGAAACCAACGGGUACCAUCAGCCACAACAGCAGCAACAACAACAGAGUCCAGCGUACUACAACAACGCUCAGCACUCGCCCGCAGCGCCGCAGUACCAACAAGCGCCGCAGUCCCCGCAGGCCCACUACCAGCAACCUUCCCAUCCUUCCUACCCACAAAGCCAGCACCAAGCCCCGCAGUCGCAACCAUCGUACUGUGAAGGUCGCCGUCAAGAAGCCACAGGGCUCAGCAAGCUAAUCCCCGUGGGUCCCGGAGUGACCGCCAGACAGACCCCCGCCGCCCCCUACCAGCAAGGCCCCGCGUCCCCCGGCGUCGCGCAGCCCUACCGCCAACCGAACCAGCGCUGGGCCCCCGUGGCAGCUCCCCUCUCUCCCCAGGCAUACGGUGCGCAGCCGAACUACCCGCAGCAGCCGAGCUACCAGCAGCAGCAUUCGCCGCAGCCACAGUACUCGCCUCAGCCACAGUACUCCCCUCAGCAGCAACAGUACUCUCCACAGCAACAACAGUACGCGCCUCAGCAACAACAGUAUCAACCUCAGCAGCAGCAACAGUACGAAGCGCCCUACCAGCCACCGCAGAGGCAGUUCGAGCCCCCUCCGGCAACCAUCACUCUGCGCCAGACCCCGCCUGUCCACCAGAAGCCCCCACCGGUGUUCCCUAGUCAACCCGCUGCAGCUUCUUUCAACGGAGGAGUCAACAUGCGUGGAGACCAGAAGUGGCCGCCACAGUCGGUGAAGGAGGCAGUGGCUGCGGAGAACGAGGCCAGGAGACAACUAGCCAAGGGACCUGCUUGCAGGCCACGCAAGCUGAAGCAAUAUUCGCUUGCCGAACUCAUAGCCAAGAACGAGGCGUAGGCGUUCGGGCAGUCCUAAAGUGGACUUUAAUACCUUAGUAAAGAAGGACUACACGGCUUUCUUCGCGCAGCACGCGUUGAACAGCACCUACCCCGGCUACCGCGCGCCCCCGGGCACACAACACUACGAGGACCUCUCCGGCCGAUCUUCAUAUUAAAUUACCACUAGCAUUACUAAACUAUUCAUGAACUCUACACAUAAUAAACUACGUCAACUACAGUUGAUGACAACAUUCGCCUUACAAGAUCAAAACUAAUGAUUCUAACUUAUUUAGACUGACAUUUUCAUUGAUACAAAGUCUCGCAAAUGAAUAGUAAAUUGGGGUGCAUCAGUGGAAGUGUCAGCACGAAUAAGUUCCAUAUGUAUUCAUGCCAUUUCUUAUCGCCAUUAGAUACACGGAUCGGUUACGAGCCUCAGGGUAGGACUUUAAAAGUUAAAGUAGUAGGUACUUGUAUAGACUUUAGGUAUUAAAGUCUCAAACGCGUCAAGUGCUUGAUCGUACACAAUCGGUACUUAAUCAUAGAUGUAAUUUAUUUUUAAACAUUAACUAGUUUGUAAGUUAAAAUUUAAAAAAAAAAUAUAAAAAUAUUACUACGUCAUUUAUUAAUCUAAUAUCACGUCAUGUUUUCCUUUUUCGAUGUAAAAGUGCGGCUUUAUACAUUACGACCAUGCGACUACUUCACGAUGCUUCUAAUACAGACUGUAAAUAUGCUCAACUUAUAAAAGUUUUUAUACGUAGGAAAUUACUCAUAUUUUUUUUUCAAUUAUGCGCUUCUUGCCAAAGUAAUUUAUCAAUAAAAUUAUUAUUAUUUUAACAAAUAUAUUGGCUUAAUGUGAAUCCUAGUCAUGAAGAGAUUAAACAAAGUAUUUUGUAUAUAAAAUGAUAAAAUUACUUAAUUGAUCUGUAUUUCAUUAUUAUGUAAUUUAUAUUUUAAUGAAAUAAAUAUUCGAAAUAAUCGAA